UCCUUCUGUCUUCUAUUCAUGAGCAGCGUGGCUGAAUUUAACAGCGGCAGCCAUGGAUGACAAGGGCUCGGUGGGGAAGUUUAGCGUGUCCUCAGACUCAGUGUCCACUCUCAACAGUGAGGACUUUGUCCUUGUGUCCCGGGUUGGGGACGAGACACCAUCCUCCACUAACAAUGGUAGUGAUGAUGAAAAGACAGGACUGAAGGUGAUUUCUGAGGAAGGGGUCAGCUUUAAGAUUGUGGGGAAUGGAAGUGAGCAGCAGCUCCAGAGAGAAUUAGCCGAUGUCCUCAUGGACCCGUCGGUGGCGGAUACUGGACUCGGAUCAGAAACGGGAAUGAGCGCUCUCGGUGCGGGCAACCAUGGUCUUCCUCCUAACACACCAUCACCUGUGCCACCCGGCACUGACCCUUUGAGCGCCUCACCACCCAAACUGGAGAUGGUGCUUCCUGUUCAGACGGGUCAGGAGAGUGAGCUGAAUGAAAGGUCUUACAGAGGAGAUGAAUCGUCCUCAGAAGGGAGUCCCUGCAGUCCCAUUCCAGACGAAGACAGCGUUGUGUUCAGCCAGCUGACGUAUCUUGGGUGUGCCUCCGUCAAUGCCCCCCGGAGCGAGGUGGAGGCCCUUCGUAUGAUGAGUAUUCUCAGAGGGCAGUGCCAACUCCCCCUCGAUGUCACACUUUCGGUGCCAGGUGUUUCUGAAGGCACGGUCAGGUUGUUGGAUCCCCACAACAACACAGAAAUUGCCAAUUAUCCUAUCUAUAAGAUUCUGUUCUGCGUUCGAGGCCAUGACGGCACACCAGAGAGCGACUGCUUCGCCUUCACUGAGAGCCACUACAACUCUGAGAUCUUCAGGAUUCACGUGUUUCGCUGCCAAAUCCAAGAGGCGGUGAGUAGGAUACUGUACAGCUUCGCCACAGCGUUUCGGCGGUCAGCUAAGAAGGCGGUUCUGUUAUCUCAGCAGAACGCUCCGCUGACCCCUGACAGCGACUUGUUUACCUUCACUGUCAGCCUGGAGAUCAGGGAGGACGACGGCAAGGGUACUUUCAGCGCUGUCGCAAAAGACAAAGACAAACAGAGCUUCAAGCUUCGUGCAGGACUGGACAAGAAAAUUGUCAUUUACGUUCAGCAGACGUCCAAUAAGGAACUGGCAAUCGAGAGGUGCUUUGGACUCCUGCUCAGUCCAGGGAGAAAUGUGAAGAACAGUGACAUGCACCUGUUAGACCUGGAAUCAAUGGGAAAGAGCUCAGACGGGAAGUCUUACAUCAUCACAGGAAGUUGGAACCCCAACACGCCUCAGUUCCAGGCUGUGAACGAGGAAACGCCCAAAGAUAAAUUCAUGUACAUGACGACAGCAGUGGACCUGGUGAUUACAGAGGUGGAGGAGCCGGUUCGUUUUCUGCUGGAGACGAGGGUCCGAGUGUGUUCCCCUAACGACAGGCUGUUCUGGCCCUUUAGCAAGCGGAGUUACACAGAGACCUUCUACCUUAAACUUCGACAGAUGGAGCGAAAAGAACGGAAGAGUCCGGCCUCUGACACGCUUUAUGAAGUGGUGAGUUUGGAAAGUGAGUCAGAGAGAGAGAAAAGGAAAACCACAGCCAGUCCAAACAUCCUCCCUGCCGGGCCUGGUACCAUGGCUCCUUCACCCCCUGAGGAUGAUGAAGAAGAAGACAAUGACGAGCCGUUACUGAGCGGGUCGGGUGACGUAUCAAAGGAGUGUGCAGAGAAGAUCCUGGAAACCUGGGGAGACUUGUUGUCCAAAUGGCACAUGAACCUAUCGGUGCGUCCAAAACCACUGCCAGCUCUGGUCCGGAGCGGCAUCCCUGAGGCACUCCGGGGGGAGGUGUGGCAGCUCCUGGCAGGCUGUCACAACAACGACCACCUGGUAGAAGAAUACCGAACUCUGAUUACAAAGGAAUCCCCCCAGGACAGUGCAAUCACCAGAGACAUUAACAGGACAUUCCCGGCUCAUGACUACUUCAAAGACACUGGAGGAGAUGGGCAAGAUUCACUUUACAAAAUCUGCAAGGCCUAUUCUGUUUAUGAUCAGGAGAUUGGUUACUGCCAGGGACAGUCCUUCCUGGCUGCGGUGCUGCUACUACACAUGCCAGAGGAGCAAGCUUUCAGUGUUUUGGUGAAGAUCAUGUUCGAUUACGGGCUCAGGGACCUUUUCAAACAGAACUUUGAAGAUCUGCACUGCAAAUUCUUUCAACUUGAAAGACUCAUGCAGGAGUAUAUACCUGAUUUGUACAACCACUUCCUGAAUGUGGGUCUGGAGGCCCAUAUGUAUGCUUCUCAGUGGUUCUUGACCCUCUUCACAGCCAAGUUUCCUCUUUACAUGGUCUUCCAUAUAAUCGACCUGCUACUGUGUGAGGGUAUUAGUGUGAUCUUUAAUGUAGCUUUGGCACUUCUGAAGACAUCCAAAGAUGAUCUAAUCCAAACGGACUUUGAGGGCGCGCUCAAGUUCUUCCGUGUCCCCGUUCCGAAAAGAUAUCGCUCCGAGGAAAACGCAAAGAAACUGAUGGAGCUAGCUUGUAGCAUGAAGAUCAACCAGAAGAAACUGAAGAAGUUUGAGAAGGAGUACCACGUCAUUCGAGAGCAGCAGGAGCAACAAGAAGCCCCCAUUGAACGAUAUGAGCGAGAGAAUCGUCGUUUGCAAGAGGCCAACAUGCGUUUGGAGCAGGAGAACGACGACCUGGCACACGAGCUGGUUAGCAGUAAGAUAGCCCUGCGCAAAGACCUGGACAACGCAGAGGAAAAGGCAGACGCCUUGAAUAAAGAGCUGCUGCUGACGAAACAGAAACUGGUCGAAUCUGAAGAUGAGAAGAGACGGCUGGAGGAAGAAUCUGCACAGCUGAAGGAAAUGUGCAGACGAGAACUGGAUAAGUCUGAAUCAGAGAUUAGGAAGAAUGGUUCCAUUAUUGGGGAAUAUAAACAGAUCUGCUCCCAGCUGAGCGAACGACUGGAGAAACAACAAACGGCCAACAGAGGAGAGCUGGAGAAAAUCAGAUCCAAAGUGGAAAGCUGUGAGAAGUGCAGCAGUCUGUUCAAUAAAGAGGGUCGUGUUCGACCCGCGGGGUCCACGGUGUCCACCGGGGGUCCGGAGGAGACGGACGAGGAGAAGGAGGCUUUAAAGAACCAGCUGAGGGAGAUGGAGCUGGAACUGGCCCAGACCAAACUGCAGCUGGUGGAGGCGGAGUGUAAAAUCCAGGACCUGGAGCACCAUUUGGGUCUCGCUCUUAACGAGGUUCAGGCCGCCAAGAAGACCUGGUUCAACCGAACGCUCAGCUCCAUCAAAACCGUCACGGGGACCCAGGGAGGAAAGGAGACCACCUAACCUACAGUCACCCCCCCC